AUGUCUCUUGGACGCACCUACAAGCUAAACUCGGGCUACGAGAUCCCCGCCGUCGGGCUCGGUACUUGGCUUUCUAAGCCCGAUGAGGUUGAGAACGCAGUCGAACACGCCUUGCGAAGCGGUUACCGCCACAUUGAUGCUGCAGCAUGCUACCAAAAUGAAAAUGAGGUCGGAAAUGGCUGGAAGAAGUCGGGUGUGCCGCGUGAAGAGAUCUUCAUCACUAGCAAGCUGUGGAACACUCACCACCACCCCGACCACGUUGAGGAGGGCCUCAACAAGACCCUAAAGGAUCUCCAAACUGACUACGUGGACUUGUACCUGAUGCACUGGCCUGUCGCCUUCGAGCACACAAACGAAACUAUCACGCCGAUCGAUCCGGUCACGAAGCGAUUCCGUUUAGCCGAUGUUCCGGUCGCCGAUACCUGGGCCGCUCUAGAGAAGCUUGUCGCUACAGGCAAGAUCCGCAGUCUUGGAAUUAGCAACUUCACCAUUGAUGCUACCAAGAAACUGCUCGAAACUGCAAAGAUUGUUCCCGCUACGAACCAGAUCGAGGCGCACCCUUACCUCCAGCAGCCGGAACUGACUAAGUUUUUGAAGGAAAAAAACAUUCUUAUCACAGCAUACAGCCCUCUUGGAAACAACACCUUUGGCCUGGCACGUGUUGUCGACGACCCGGCUGUUGCAGAAAUCGCCAAGAAGCUUAACAAAGACCCCGCUCAGUUGCUGAUCUCGUGGGCUAUCCAGCGGGGCACUGCGGUUUUGCCCAAGAGUGUUACGCCCUCGCGCAUUGAGAGCAAUUUCCAAGACUUUGUUAUUCCCGACGCAGAGUUUGAGGCUCUUAACAAGUUGGACCGCAACGCACGAUACAACUACCCCUUCCGCUGGGGAGUGGACGUCUUUGGAGAGCUGGGAGCUGAAGAGGCUGAGCGUCGGGCUGAGGAGCAUGCAGCUAGCCAGCGGUAA